GAACAUUUCAAUUUUGGCGUUCAUACCAACUUGUUAACCACUUCACAUAGUCCGUUACUUUCAACACUCGCCAACAUGCCGACAGCCUGGGAAACGGACUACACUGAGACAUUCCACCACCACAGCUACCCCGCUAUCUCGCCGACUCGCCCCGAGCUCUCUGCCGCCGGCAAGACUGUCUUCAUCAGCGGUGGAGGGCGCGGUCUCGGCACAGGCAUUGUCGAUGCCUUUGCCCAAGCCGGGGCCAAAAUCCUGAUCAUCCUGGGUCGAAACGCAGCAACUCUGCAAGCCGUCGCGGAGCGCACCGAAGCGGCUCAUCCUGCAAUCAAGGUCCAUACCAUCGCCGGCGAUGUAUCGCGUGAAGCAGAUCUCGCACGUGCGUUUGCGGAAGUGAAGAAGAUAGCCCCGAGUGGCAUUGACGUCUUCGUCGCCAACGCAGGGGUCCUCCCGACGAUAACACCCAUCCGCCCCGCGGUGGAUGCCAACAGCGAAGACACAAAGUCGGACGAUGCUUAUAUCACCGAAUGGUGGCGCGGUUGGGAGGUAAACGUCAAGGGCGUUUUCCUGCAAGCACGCCACUUCCUGGCUACGGCCGCGCCCAAUGCCGUCUUCCUCAACAUAUCUGCCGGAGCUGGCCAUAUCAAUCCUGUUUUCCCCGGUUUCUCGGCCUACGCAUCGUCGAAGCUUGGAGCCGCGCGUGUCGUUGAGACGCUGCAGGCCGAGAACCCAGGUUUUAGGUUCAACAAUAUACAGCCUGGUGUCGUGGAAACCGAAAUGUUGGAGGCGUCGGACAUUCUGACCUACGGCCUGCCGGUAGACGACUUAAACCUUCCAGGUCACUUCCUUGUCUGGCUAGCCAGCCCCGAGGCCGAGUUUUUGAAAGGCAAGUAUGUAUGGGCCAACUGGGAUGUCGAUGAGUUGAAGGCGAGGAAGGAUGAAAUAUCGGCUCCAAACAGGCUGGUUAGCGGUCUUGUAGGCUGGGCCUGAUUGCUCUAAUUUGUCUACCCAAUGAAGCCGAGGCAUGGGUAUUAUCCUCUU